AUGCUUCUACUACAACACUACCAUCUAUUAAUACUUCUACAGCGUUAUCAUCUCGUUAUACUCUUAUGACACCACCUGGUAAUGCUUUCAUAGCACUACCAUCUCAUUAUACUUUCACAACACCACCUCAUAAUGCACUACCACCACUAUCACAGAAUAUUUUUAAACAUUUUCUUGAUAUUUACGAGACAAAAUGCGUAUUUAUGAGCUUGCAUGAAAAAUACCAGAAGACAAAACCAAAAACUACAACAUCACUCGAAUAUGGCAUAAUUGAUCUCAAUGACAGAAUCAUUUUAAAAGCUUUGAGACAAUCAGUAAUAUCGCAUUUUGAAGCAAAGAUGCAAGAAUAUAAACCUAAGAAAGCUUUAUUCACAGAAGUUAUAAGAAUCCUGAAAACAUUUAAUGUUACAUCUUUAGAAGAUCUUGGAAAGGCAUUUGAUGAUAUCAAAAUUAAUUAUAAUAAUUUGAAUUAUGAUAUUAUCUACUUGUAUCAUCUUUUCAAAAAAUUCAAUCUGGUUAACAAACAUGUGACCAGUAGUUUUUUCAAUUAUGGACUUCGAGAUAGUAGAAGAGAUAACAACGUUUUUGAAAAUGACAAAGGUUGCUACCAAAAUGUUGUUCUUCCUUUUAUUCAAAAUCUUUAUAAAAAAUACCAAACAUUGUUAAUGAAAGAGGCUGACUAUUAUUUGGAUAAUAACAAUACCUAA